AUCCAAGCCCGUCGAUAGUUUUGACCAAUCAGCAAUCGUCUGUUAAAUGUAGUGCGGGCAUGCGCAGUAUGCCGUUGUCACAAUAAACAAAUUUGAUUCAUUUCUCAAAGAUUUGCGACUUUCGUGGACAAUCAAGACUUUUUACAGCACAUCUGGAUAUUUUCCCGUCACCAUGAGUCACAAGAAGCUGCUAGCCUGCUGUGUGGAGUUACUGGACACAUUUAACCCAGAGGAGAACUGUGUGGAGGACCAUCUGAAACACUUUCUGAAGAAAAACAAGACUUUAGAUGAAAAUGACCAGACCUUCAUAGUGGAGGUGUUCUCUGGCUGCAUCCGGUACGCUCCCAUCAUGAAGGUGGUGGUGGACGGCUUCUACAACGUGAAGGAGGGCAAGCGGUCGCUCAGAUCAGAGAGGAACAUUUAUAUCACCUUGUGCUACAUGACAGUGUUCAGACUGGAUGAGUUGGGGAUCGUCCAUUUUGGCAAUUUUGUCAAGUCCCAGGAUAUCAAUAGGAUGCACAAUUUUUUCUCCUUCUUCCUGGCUGAUGAGAAUCUGAAGAAGUGGAUCAAGGAUGAGUGGUGCAAACACUACGACCCCAGGUUUACCCAGGACAACCUUCUCAAGCCUUUACAGAGGUGGAUGCCAGAGUUGGAAAAAAUGAUCAGCCAACUUGCAGACAAGGUGGCAAACAAGAACAACUUACCGAAGAAGGUUGUGAAGCCUGCAACACAACCACAGGAGUUCAACAUCACGCAGCCCAAACCCAGAGCCAUCCCUGUACCUGAGAGAAUACCCAAACUACACAAGCACAGACCUGUUCCUGAGUCAACGUAUCGACCUCCCAAAGAACAGACUCUAUUGGCAGAGGCAGAAGAGAUGAACAGAAGAAGAGCAGAGGAGAUUCUAAUGGAUGCCAACAGGUUUCAGUUCCGGGCUGCCAUUUCAGAGAAGUCAGCAAAGACUAAGAAAAUCAUGGCUGAGAUCAUGGAUGAAGAGGACUCCAAACUAGACUUUGAGAAGAACCGAGCCAGACCUCUGCCGAGACAUGUGACUGAGAACAUCCCCAUCAAGCUGAACACAGCAGCCAUCCUGAGGGAGGGGGCACUGGUGCAGAAGAAGGAGGAGGAUGAGCUCAAGAAACUGCUGGACCUUGAGGCGGGUGCGAAAGAUGCGAGCGAGUUCCUUGAGUGGCAGCAGAAGAUGAGACAGAAGGACUACGACGAGCAGCUGGCAGAGAUCGAGAGACGGCGUCUGGAAGGGAAGCUGAGCCACGAGGAGGCCAUCUUGGCUCGCCAGACUCUGGUGAAGGAGAACAGGCAGAAAGUACAGGACAUGAAAGAGGAGGUCGAACAGCUGAUGCAGGAGUACGUCCAUCAGCGCAUGCAGGAUGAGAAGGAGAUGAAGCGUCUGGUGGAGAUCGUCAUGUCCGGCCACAAGAACGCCAUCCUGGCCCGCGAGCAGCUCCGCGAGUACAAGCGGAAGAUCGUGGAGGAGGUCAACAUCGAGAGCCAAGAGCUGCUGAGACAAGCCCUGGAAGAUGAAGAAGAGGAGAUGAAGCGUAAGUUUGAGAUCAUCCAGCAGAUCCGAGCCAUGGAGGCCGUGCCCGUGGUCAGACAGAAGUUUGUGGACCUGGCUUCCACCGCUGGACACCAGCUGCUGAGCGAACUCUCCAUCCUAGAGUUGAAGGAGAGGCUUGGCCUCAUGAAAGAGGCAGAGAGAAAAUCAGAAGAGGAAAAACGUGAUGAGAUCCUUACUGCUAAACAGGGAAAAGACAAGAAGUUGAUGGACACGUUAGAGCAGAUUUCAAGACAUCGGGCGGAAACCAGCAAGGCUGCAGCUCUGAAACUGGAGAAGAAAAGAGCUACAAGUGGCAAGAAGCCUGAAGUGAAGGACCCCAAACUGCAGGACCUCCAGAAGAAACUACAGGAGAAGAAGGCAGAACGUCUGAGAGAAGCAGAGAAGAUGAAGAUCAAGUCCGACAAGAAGUCGGCUGGUCGAACACAAGAACUGGCCAGAGAGAAGAAAGCUCUGGAGGAGAACAGGUGGAAGGAGCUGGAGAGAACGAAGGAGAAACAGGCCAAGCUGGUGACCCAAGGGAUCCGUCCUGGGACCAGGUCUGCACAAAUACUCAACAGAUCUCCAGCUGCAAGAAAAGUCUCUGCUUAACAUUAGGAUUUAUGUCCCUUAUUGAUUAACCUACAUGUAACAGUGUGUGCUGUCCUACUAGUUUAACAGGGCUCCCAUACUUGCUCUCUCAAGUAUGGGAUCCUGGCAAACCAAGGCUUUGACAAAAAACUCCUUCGUUAAACGAACUAGAAUGGCACAUAGACUGGCUAUUGAUAGCUGUGUGGAUUGUAUGUACAUAAU